UUAAUGAUUGCUUAAUUUGCUCCACAUCUAUUAGGUGUGCUGUAACACUUGAUAAUCAGAAUGAUUUGCGUUUUUGUCAUAAAACUGUGUGUCAGUCUAAAGCUGCUUGUAACUCCUCUCCGACCUCUAUCCAGUUUACAAAGAUAACCUUUUGUCUAUAUAAUAAGAGCCCAGAUUUACGCCAGAAGAAGCCAAAGCUGAUAUUUUCUCUCGUCACCAGUGCAUGGGUGUAAUUGUGGGUCACAUGCAUUGUUCUAUGUGCUCCGCUGAUGAAGAAUAGCGGUGGUAAACCUCUUAGAAAAGCUGAAGGUUUGCCCAGGUCUUGCAGCAAUACUGAUGGAGGAUCAGCCUCCUCUUACACUUUCUUUGGCUGCACACACUCACAGCAAAACACACGCACAAGUUCACAUGCCUGUCUCCUGCCUGCGAUUAUACUCCAAAUCUGACUCACUCUUGCCUGCUUUCCCGAGUCAACCCUACUGCUUUGUCAGUCGCUGCUCCAUCGGAGCCAGAUCACACAAGACUCUGCCAGAGAAAGGACUCCACCAGCAACCUUCACCCUCGGCGUUUCAGUUGUUCAACUUGGCUAUUUUGGAGGACUUUAAAGAAGAACUGCCUGAAGCACAUGCAGAGAGAGAUUUGACUAACUAGGAAUCAGUUCAUAUUACUCUCAGUCGAGUGGACAAAGGGACUGGUGGCCUCUCGCAUCAGAUGGCUACAACUAUCCCAACCACAGAAGUCUGAGGAGAAGUCAAGCCAAAGGUCUGUCUUCCGUAGGAUUUUCCCUCUUUCUUUAUGUUUAUUUUAAGUAGUUACUUUCAAUACUGCUGUGCACUGAAGAACCUCCUGAACUUUACUACGUCACAUACACUGGGAAGACCCUUUUUUAAGGCAUAACUUCAAAGAUGGAACUUUUAACAGACAGUCCACGUGUGCGCUCGGACAGCACGAGCAGCUCGGCAUCUCAGGGCUCAAAGUCGAAGACGGUUCUUCGCCAGCGUUUGUCCCAGCUGCUGACCUGCAUCGAGGACAUGAGCUCUGACGACGAAGCCAGUGAAGAGGUGUCACGCACGCUGGAAGAAGCAUUUCAGCUCUGUGGACGCUUCAUUCCCACAGAUGCAUUCAGGAUCCACAUUGUGACCUGGAAUGUGGCCACAGCAGAGCCUUCUGAAGAUGCCACCUCUUUGCUCCAACUAGAUGCCCAGCCGCCUCCAGAUCUCUAUGUGAUUGGCCUUCAGGAGGUAAACGCCACCCCAGUGAGGUUCAUCACAGAUCUGAUAUCAGAAGACUCCUGGAGCCAUGUCUUCAUGAACUCACUGGCACCCAGAGGCUUUGUCAAGGUCACGUCAGUGAGGAUGCAGGGUUUGCUGUUGCUGCUGUUUGCCAAACAGAUUCAUCUUCCCUACAUCAGAAACAUCCAGACCACCUACACUCGGACCGGCGUGUUUGGCUACUGGGGUAACAAAGGAGGAGUGUCUGUGCGCUUUUCCUUCUAUGGACACAUGAUUUGCUUCCUCAACUGCCACCUAGCUGCUCACAUGAACAACGCUUUGCAGCGCGUUGACGAGUUUGAGUACAUACUGGAGACGCAAGACUUUGACAUCUAUGACACCCCACAAAUCCGGGACCACAAGGUGGUGUUCUGGUUUGGUGAUCUGAACUUCCGCAUCGCAGAUCACGGUUUGCACUUUCUCCGCUCAUCCAUCAACAGCGGCCGGCUAAAUUUGCUGUGGGGCAAAGACCAGCUCAUCAUGAUGAAGAAGAAGGAAGCUUUCCUGCAGGAAUUUGAGGAGGGACCGUUAAAUUUUAAACCCACCUACAAGUUUGACCGUAACUCCGACACCUAUGACACCAGCACUCCAAAGACAUGGUUGGGUUUAAAUGGAAAGAAGAGGAAGCCGGCAUGGACAGACCGGAUCCUCUGGCGCAUCAAACCCAAGCCCCUGCCAUCAGAGGAAGAUGAUGAGAAGGCAUCAACUUCCACAGAUGAAGAACAGGAUGAGUAUCCAGUCCUGGUCACCCAGGAUAAAUACACCAGUGACAUGAGCUAUGGAGUCAGUGACCACAAGCCUGUCAUUGCAACCUUCAGCCUGGAGCUGAGAAAAGUCUUUGACACACCACUGGUGCGAGUGUCUCCUGUGGGCAUAUGGAGCGCAGGCCAGGAUGCACUUUUGACCUACUCUGUCCUGGAGGACUUUAUGUCUUCUACGUGGGACUGGAUUGGCCUGUACAAGGUGGGAUUUAAGACUGCGUCUGACUAUGAAACCUUUGUUUGGGUUCGAGAAAAUGAACUGCCAGAGAUAAAUGAAGUCAUACAGAUUUCUGUGGAUAAAGGUCAGAUUCCUCUGUUAGGUGGACAGUACGUUUUGGGGUACUACAGCACAAACAUGCAAAGCAUCUCUGGCCUCAGUGAUAGCUUCCAGAUCCUGGAGUCUAAGCGUGCUGUCAUGGAAGGCCUGGUUCCCGAGGAUAUCAAUGGAGUCAACAAAUAAGAACAGAUUCUCUGCAGUGCCACGUUUUAUUCCUCUCCGCUGCAAAGUCACACAGAUCUAAAUCAGGCUAUAAAAUUGCCCCAAGGUUAACUCCUUAAUCUACUGGAUGAGCAGACUCUGUCAUUCAUGUUGGCCCCCACAAUUUGUCAUCAUGUUAACUCCAGUUUGUUAUUUCCUACUUUGCCUUUAAGGUUCAGGCUCACUCUUGCUGAAACAAGAUCUCUAAUAAAAAAAAACUUUAAUGAGUAGCCUCAGUCUAUCCACAGACCCUGUUAGAGCAGAUAUACGGAGAACACAUGUCAAACUGCACAGCAGCUUGAAAACAGAAACUGCAUUUGAGUUUUGUUUCAAAGUUGUUUGUUUUGGCAGCUCAUAGUAGCCAGUGCAGAUUAAUACAAAAGGUGGAAAACAUCAUUGUGUAGAAGAGUGUGCUCUUUUGUUUUAUAUGUGCUGUCUCAGUGAAGAAACAUGCACCCUGCAACUGAAAUUUCUUGCAAUGGGUUGUCUGCAGAAACUGUUGAAUAUGAGAAUCUUAGAGAGGAACAUGACUAGGGAUGGGUAUCGUUUAGGUUUUAUCCGAUACCGGUGCCAAACCGGUACUUUUGAAACGGUGCCGGUGCUUAAACGGUGCUCAAACC